AUGGACACUGUAGGCUGGCAUGCUCAGCGCAGAGCCCGUAAGGCGACGCAUCAUGAUUCUGAAAUUCAGAGAGGACCAGGCGGGAGAUAUCCACCUGUAGAAGAGAUAGAUCCACUUCCUGAUGGGGUCGGGCGCACUCAGGCUGGUGGUUUUGGUAUACCACGCUUGUCAUCCCUGACUCCUGGCACACCGCCUCCAGCUGUUCCCCCAAAAUAUUUCACCGAUAAUCCUGCCCAAAAUGUAUACGCUUCUGCUAGUUUACCUAUUGAGCGGCUGGCGUCUGGUAGUUCUGGCGUCUCUUUUGUCCACAUGCCUGCAGUGGAACGCUCUAGAGCGCAGAGGCUCCCCAAGAUGGAACCCCACCUUCAGUUUAUGGUCGGGCCCCUGUUGCGAUACGAUACAGUUGACGAAAAUGGUCUUUGGCGAGGUGCAGCUCUUAUCGUCACGGCAGAUUCAGGAUCAUCCUACGAGCCAUUUCCUGUUUUAACUUAUCAGUGGGACCCUGAGGAGAUUUCCCGACCUUCUCCGAGCACACGGGGUUCUCAUCCAGGUUAUGACCUUGGCCCACACCCCGCGGAUCCUCACGCUACUGCAAUGGCCGGACCAUCAGCGCAGUUACCUGACACAAACGAGGCAUACUUCGGUGACUACAAGGGAAAAGGAAACGCGAGGGAUGAUCAAACUCAGCAUGUGACCGGUCAGGAGAUUUACGUCUAUUCGGGGAAUGGUGGCACUUUUACGUUUUGGCGUUUCCCAAUACAGAUGCAACUGGGUCUCAAUGAAAUCUGCAUCAAGUAUCGUAUUAACGGUGGCAUGCAGUUGGCCUUCUUCGUGCCUGCCCGUCAUCAAAACAUGCGGUGGGCAGCCUACUCGUGUAAUGGAUUCAGCGCUGGCGUGAAUCCGGACGACUUCAGGGGACCAGGGUUUAAGAGUGGUUAUGACCCUAUGUGGACUGAUCUCUUGCAGAAGCAUGUCGAACGACCAUUUCAUGUCCUUGUGGGAGGAGGGGAUCAGUUAUACUGUGACUCGGUGACUCGAGAGCCUGAAAUACAAGAAUGGAUUUUGGCAAAGCCUUCGAUGAAGAAAAAUUUACCUCUGACUGAUGAAAUUGUCUCAUCCGUCGAUCGUUUUUUCUUCAAUCACUACUGCGGCUCCUUCAGGAUGGGGGCAUUUGCGAGGGCGAACAGCUCGAUUCCAAUGUUGAAUAUGUGUGAUGACCACGGUAAGCCACUGAUGUAUGCAACGAUCGACGGGUUCGGGAGUUAUCCUGAAGAGCUUCAACAGUCUCCGGUGUUCAAACAUAUCGGAGCGCGCGGCUACUUUUUCUACUUGCUUUUUCAAUGCUUCAUCAAUCCUCUUCAUGAUAACUUGGACGAUAGAACAGGGAUGCACAUAUUCAAGUCACUUAUCUUGGGGGCUCAAGGUCCCUAUGUUGGUUUACCGUCACAUUCGUUUUUGUCUUACCUGGGGCCCGAUGUACACAUUCUUAUGCUGGACUGUCGCGCGGAGAGAAAAAAGAACCAGGUCUGCAGCGAGUUCGAGUAUCAAAAGGCUUUUGAACGAAUCAGGUAUCUACCUCCGGACGUAAAACAUCUCGUAGUACAACUUGGCAUCCCUAUUGCGUAUCCGCGAAUGGUUUUCCUUGAAACUGCACUAGACUUCAAGUUGAAUCCUUUAAUUGCCCUUGGACGCAGCGGAACCGCGGGAUUCAGUAGUUUUGUGAACAAAUUCAACGCGGACGCUGAGUUGCUGGAUGAUUUGAAUGACCACUGGACCGCGAAAUGUCACAAGAAAGAGCGCAACUGGUUCAUUCAGCAGAUGCAAGGAAUAGCAAGAAUGAAAAGUUUGCGUAUUUCGUUUCUUUCUGGCGAUGUGCAUUGUGCAGCCGUAGGGGUUCUUAAAACGCUGGUCCGCAGCAACGGAGGAAAGAACAGCCGUAUGAUAGAUGUUCCGCCUGAAACUGAUUAUAGAUACAUGAUCAACGUGGUGACAAGUGCAAUUGUCAACACACCGCCUCCGAAUGGAGUGAUCGCUAUGGUAUCUACUUUGGCGACCAAGACUCACAGAACGCUGCAUCAUGCAGAAACUGAUGAAACAAUGCUUCCUAUAUUUACGAAGGAGCCAAAUGGCAACCAUCGCCUCCAAAACAAGUAUAUAAUGGGGCGACGGAAUUGGUGUGCAGUCUCGUGCGAUCCUGAGACACAGGAAUUGGAAUUUGACAUACGUGUCGAGACGGAGAAAGGGGUCGGCGUCAGCUUUGGAUAUCCAGUCCGAAGUCCUCCCCCCAGAUGGUUUCCUGGAACGUGA